CAAACUUAACCUCUCUCAACACUGUCAUUCUCCUCAUUUCUCAUUUGCUCUUUUCUUUCUUUUCUUCAACUCUCUCUCUCUCUCUCUCUUCUUCCCUUUCUAUAUUGAACAACCCUUCAACAGCAACAACAAAAAGAGAGAAAAAAAUCAGUAUCAAUAAGAUUGAUUAAUAUUAGCUAGAGAGACCAAAAAAGAUGAGUGAAUCAGCUAGAAAAUUGGUGGGUGAUGCAAACAAAACCUUAACCUUCUUCUUCUUUUAAUUAAGUUAUUGGUAAAGAGCUAGUACUACUACUAUUUACUCAUAUUCUUCAACUGAAACAACCCAAACAAAAGGGAUUUAGAUUACUAUACCCCCUUCCCACCCUUUAAUUUCAUCUUCUUUGUACUUUUUUUCUUUAGCUCUAGCUCUAGCUCUAGUCUCUAUCUCUUCUGCUUUCUAUCUAGGUGUUUCAUUGAGUUUAAUAGAUAGUUUUCCAUCAUCAUCAUCAACAGAAGCAACAAAUUUGUUUAUGUAAAAGAAGAAGAAAAGGGUUCUGAAAAGAAAAGAGACAUGGAUCAAGUAACAGCAUCAGCUCAUGGUCAUUCACUACCACCUCCUUUUCAUACAAGAGAUCUUCAUCUACAUCAUCAUCAUCAACAGCAGUUACACCAACAACACCAGCAUCAUCUCCAACAGCAACAGCAGCAGCAGCAACAGAAUUCUGAAGAUGAUGAAGGUAGCAGUGGUUUAAGAGGUAAAAAGCGUGAUCGAGGUGGCGGCGGCGACGAACAUAGCGAUGGAAAUGGACAAGAAAUGGUAUCUAUCACUGGAGAAGGAGAGAUCACAAGAAGACCAAGAGGAAGACCAGCAGGUUCAAAAAACAAACCUAAACCACCAAUCAUCAUCACAAGAGAUAGUGCGAAUGCACUCAGAGCUCAUGUCAUGGAGAUCGCAAAUGGGUGUGAUGUCGGAGAAAGUGUUGCUGCUUUUGCUAGACGGAGACAGCGGGGAGUCUGCAUUUUAAGUGGAAGUGGUACUGUCACUAAUGUUACACUAAGACAACCAGCUGCACCAGGUGCAAUUGUAACUUUACACGGCAGAUUCGAGAUCUUAUCACUAUCCGGUUCAUUCUUACCGCCACCAGCUCCGCCAUCGGCUACCGGAUUGACCAUCUAUUUAGCAGGUGGACAAGGCCAAGUAGUUGGUGGUAGUGUUGUUGGUCAACUUCUAGCAUCGGGUCCGGUUGUAAUUAUGGCUGCAUCAUUUGGUAACGCUGCUUACGAGAGGCUGCCUUUAGAAGAUGAAGAGCCUUCAUUACCAUUACAGAGCGGCGGGAUAGGAUCGCCAGGAGGUGGCGGAAUGGUUGGUCAACCACAACAACAGCCACAACAAAACCCAAACCAACAGCUUUUGCAAGAACAAAACCCAGCUUUAUUUCAUGGCUUACCACCAAACCUUCUAAAUCAAUGCAGUCAAUUACCAAAUGAAGCUUAUUGGGCGAAUACUGGUCGCCCACCUUUUUAACCUAAUUUUAACAACAAACUAUCUUUGGGUUUAUUCAUCAAAUUUUACUAUCCAUUAUCUCAUGAUCCUUAUCAUUAUCAUCACUACCUUUUCUUUAAAGAAAAAAUUGCUUCGAAAAGUACAACUUAAUUUAGCCUUGCAAAGAAUUCAAGUUGAGGAGAGAAUUUGUUGAGAAGUACUGAAAAGAGAUUAAUGGAUGAAGCUGCUAUUAUUAGAUGAUUUUUCCUUCUUUUGAAUACUAUUACUACUUCUUCGUAUGUACCGAUGUUGAAACGUUUCGUGUAUUGGGUAAUCAUUUUUUCAACAAUUCAAAGCUGCUGAAGGGAAAAUUAAGCUGCAAAAUGUCAACAACUAAUCUUGGUGAGUUUUGAUUUUAUGUGGGAAAUAUGAUAACUAGCCCCUUUUCCUCCUCAUCUUAUUUGACAAGAAAAUCGAAGGUGAAUUUGAAUAAGAGCAACAACAACAACAACAUCGAAGAAGAAGAUGAAGAAGAAGAAGAAAAGAAUGGAAGGCAUCUUAAUAAUUUCUCUCAUCUUUCUUUUUAUCUAUCUCUCAUUUUUCUAUUUAUUGUCUCAACAUUUUCUUUUCUUUUUUUCUUUUUUCUUUUUUCUUGUUGCGGCAGCUCUUUUGUAGCUAGCUUGUUUGAUAAUUCUUCUUCUUCUUCUACUUCUACUUCUCUGAUUAUCUACAUUUUCUCUGCAAAAAUCUGACGGUUUUUGGUCAUUUUCCAUAAUUUGUAGUUUGUCUGAUAGUUUUUAAAUUUUUGUACCUGAAAUUUUCAGUUUCUUUCCGUUA